AUGGUUUUACUAACAAAUGAUGAGUUCCUCGCAGAGCUUACAAAGUUAUUUCAAAAAGUUCGCACAUCAGGAUCAGUAUCAAUGACUAUGAAAAGAUAUGAUGGUCGUACAAAGCCACAACCAAGGGAUGGUACUCCGGCAGUACCAAAUCCACAAUAUAAAUGUCUGAUAAGAGCACAAUCUAGGAGCAAAAAAAUCUCUACAGUUGUGGAUCAGCAAGAUGUUGAAAAAUUUAGUACAGCUUAUUCAAAUCUAUUAAAGAUAAGUGUAAAUGGGCUCAAAAGGUUAAAGAAACCUAAGAAGAAAGCAAUUGCAGCUCAG